AUGCAUGUCGGCGUUUUGUGCAAUUGCCCAUGUGAAGGAAUUGUGCUUGAUGGAGAUGACCAACAGCAUUGCUGGCAACUUGAAUCUCCCGACGAAUCGUCAUGGCAAAGUGGAGACACGGCUUGUCAAAGAAUUGGUGGCCACCUUGGACAUCCCGAAAAGAGUGUAAUCAAACAACUUCUACCUUAUAUCCAAGAAAAAUCUCUGUUACCAAUUCUUACCGGAAUUUUGGCCGGAAAUAUCGAAAUACCGCUGUACGCAAAAAUGUGUCAGAACAACAAUUUUUAUGACUUUACAUCGGAAAAUGAAAGUUUUUUCUUAAAUCAACCUAAUGUCAGUUCGUCGUGCGCUUUUCUUACUGGGACUUCCACAAAACUAAGUUUUGAACCAUGCUCUACAGAUGCAAUGGCUCUUUGUGAUAGACCAUUGGAGAAACUUGAUUACUGUAAUAUCAUGGCGAACUGCUCAAUAACAACAACAACAACAGCAAAAGAAACAGAAACAGCAACAGCAACAACAGUAGUAACAACAACAACAACAACAACAACAGCAGCAGCAACCACAACAACAACAAUGAGUCCUAGUGAAACUACACUGGAUUGGACUACUACGCAUAUUCCUACAGCAUCUAAGAAUGACACAUCUUCAACAUUCUCACAGACAGACAAAUAUGAAACCACUUUAAGUGUUUCCGAUCCGAAGGAGACGACUACAAAGAAAGUAGUAACUGAUUCGCUAAUUCAAACCACAGAAGAUCCUGAUUCUAACAUUGUGAUUCCUCCGGGUGGAAGUGAUGAUGACGGUGACAAUGACAAUGCAAACAGUGAUAGAAAUCAUACAACAACCACAACCAAAACACCAUCUGAUUCACAAAAUGAUGAUCAUGAUGUACCGUCUCCCACUGUUGGGCCCAUAACUUGCACAGAUAGCACUGUGGCUCCGAUACCAUUGGCAAAUCCUAAAAUAAUGGAUUAUUCGCAAGAAAAGACUGAAGACGUUGUUUUACCUCCAAAAGCUGUAGCUCCAGAACCGGUUUACAUAACAGUACCUGAGAAACAUGAAUCGGUUUAUGGAUUCCACACAAAGGAAAUUGUUCACGUAUACCCUGAAAAACCGCAAUGCCGUGAUGUUGGUGUUAAUACGGAUCAAAUUGGGCAGGACACAGUUCCAGCAAUCGAGCCGUAUCCGGUCGUCCCCGUGAAGAAGCGAAAAGCUAUUAAGAAACCUAAGAAAAUGUUCAUUCCAUCAACAAUCACACCAUUGGAUGAAGUGGACGAAGAGUUGAAAGAAGAUGUUCCUCUCGAUUUACGUUCAGAUAGUCCAGGAGGAAUAUCAGUGGCACCAAUGGGAGAUACCCCUGUUUCGCCAAAACCACUUGCAUUCGUGCGAAAUGCCAAACCAGUAGCACCUGAGCCGAAACAACGAGAUGAUGCUAAACGCUUGACAUCUGUUGCAAUGAACCCAAAACAAGAUAAUGGAAUGUCGAAUGACGAUCCGAGAGCCAUUCGAUCUCCACCACCGCCAGGAGCCGCCAACGCAACCGGAAAGCCGUUGACCUUCUCCCCGAUUCCUGACGAUUCCGAUGAUGACCCGCCCGUGAAUGCAAUUCCAUCUCCACCCCCACAAUUAGGACCUCAAAAAUCAAGAAAUGAUUUCUCGGAUGAACCAAUUAAGCCGAAAAAAACGCAAUCCCCAAUUGAGGAGAAAAAUCAAGAAAAUUCGAUUCCAGCUCAGAAAUCUCCUUUACGCAAUAAAAGACUUUCACCAAACCCCGAAUCUGUUCGACCAACUCAAGGACCUGUUACUAGAACUCCAAUUCCAUCUACCAAUCCAUUUGCUAACCUUCAACCUCAAAGUUCUGAAAGCAAUGCACCAUCAGCCAGUCCUCUUCCAUCCGUUGGUAUGAGAGCAGCUCGUGGAAGACUUGGGGGAGCCGUUAAAGGCGGUGGUGGCGGCGGCGAAGCACCAGCAGCAUGGAAACCAUGGGCCAAACAUAAAUAA